UAAGUCCUUUUUGCUCCACUACUCAAUCCCAAUCCUCAUUGGUCGGUUACCUCAACAAUACUUGGAUCAUUAUAUGUUGCUUGUUGGUGCAAUAUAUCGUCUCUUAAAAGACAGCAUCUCAACUACUGAACUGGAAAAUGCUUCUUUAUACCUGAAGCUCUUUUGUGCACAGAUUCCAGAAUUAUAUGGGGAACGCUUUCAAACUUUCAACUGCCACCAGCUCCUACACCUGGGCGAGGAAGUGAAAUAUCUUGGACCUCUUUGGGGAUAUUCUUGUUUUCCGUUUGAAGAUUUCAAUGGAGAUUUGAAAGACCUCUUUCAUGGAACUCUAAACAUCUCUGGUCAGAUAAUAAAUUCUGUCUCUGUGUUACAAAGAAUGCCAGAAAUUGCAGAAAAAAAGAAAGUCUAUGAUAAAUUAAUGGGCAAGUCUCACCAAACUCACACCUCUAAGUCAGAAGAAAUUAAUGAUCAAAGCUAUGUCAUUGGUGGCAUGACAAAGAACCACAUUGAAGAGUUAGAUAAGGAACUCAGAGAGUCUUUAGAAGCUCAUGGCCACCCCAUUGGUGAUUCUUCUGGGAAUUUAAACGUUGCUGUGACAACUAAAGUAACUGUACGUAAUAAUUACACUGCCCUAACAGAAAAGUUAGAAUAUGUCUCGAUUGAUACAUAUGUCAAAGUAAUCAACAGAUGUACCAAGGCACAGUGUACAGUUCAGGGGAAGUGCUCUUGCGACCUACUGUCAUUUUACUAUAUGCCAGUCAUAUCACCAACCAUUCACAAACAGGCAGUGAUCAAGCAUAUCUUCAAAGUUCAAGAAAGCAAAAAGUUGAACCUUACAAACAGAAAUUGGAAAAUGGCUGUUCCCAUCAAUGCUCUCAAAAAGAAGGUUUUACGAAUUGAUGUUGCCUCAGGAUCAUACAUAAGUCUCAUUCCGAACUUGCACGAAAAAGAUUGAUUUACAUAAUGC